AUGUCUUUCUUCGGCGGUCCGGCAAGGUCACAGGGCGGCAUGAGCCCCGAGCGCGUCGACGCUGUGAUGACAGAGAUGGAAAUGGUCUCUGACGUGUUCAACCGCAUGAUUGCUUCUUGCCACGCGAAGUGCAUUAGCACACGGUACACCGACGCCGAGCUCACAAAGGGCGAGAGCGUGUGCAUCGACCGUUGCGUCGGCAAAUACUUCGAGGCAAACAAGAUCGUCGGCGAGGAGUUGAACAAGCUGAACCAGCAGGCAGGUGGUGCGGCAGGUUCUGGGCCUUUGGGCAUGUGA